AUGCCAGCUAUUCUUUCACGCGUUGCUCCACGCACAUUCACUGUCGGAUCCCGACUUAUGGCUUCAGCCGCCAGAUUGGAAACAGUUCCAAGAGAGGAGAUCCACAAAGAGUACGACAGAAAGAAGACUUUCUACCACAAAGACCUCGAGAUCCAUCUUGCCAACCCAGAACAGUUGAAAACCAAACCAUUGGAUCCAACCAAGCUCAAAUUCGGACACACUUAUGCCGAUUACAUGAUGACUUGCGACUGGGAUGCCACCAGCGGAUGGCACCAUCCAAAGAUUGAGCCAAUUGGAGAGCUCAAAAUUCACCCAGGAGCCAAGGUUCUCCAUUAUGCCAGUGAGCUGUUCGAAGGAAUGAAGGCCUACCGUGGUGUCGACAAUAAGAUUCGUAUGUUCCGUCCAGAGAUGAACAUGGCUCGUAUGAAGAGAACCGCCAUCCGUGCUGCACUUCCGGACUUCGAUUCAGAGGAGAUGAUCAACGUGCUCACCGAGAUGCUUCGCUUAGACCAGGAAUGGGUUCCAAACUCAGAUGUCUGCUCUCUGUACAUGCGCCCAACACUCAUCGGAACCGAUCCAACUCUUGGAGUCGGAUGUGCCACUGAAGCCAAGAUGUUUGUGAUCACUGGACCAGUCGGAGCUUACUACUCAACAGGAUUCCAACCAGUCAGCCUUCUCGCUGACUCUCGCUUCAUUCGUGCCUUCCCAGGAGGAGUCGGAGCAUACAAGAUGGGAUGCAACUACGCUCCAACUAUCUGGGUCGGAAAGGAAGCAGCCAGCAAGAACUGCCAACAAGUUUUAUGGCUCUAUGGAGAGAACGAAGACCUUACCGAGGUCGGAACCAUGAACAUCUUCUUGUUCUGGAAGAACGAGGAAGGAGACAUGGAACUGAUCACACCACCACUUCAUCGUGGUCUCAUCCUGCCUGGAGUCACCAGAGAUUCACUUCUGGAGCUCGGAAGAGAAUGGGGAGAGUACAAGGUGACCGAGCGCACAUUGAACAUGCAAGAAGUCAAGAAAGCAUUGGCUGAGAAGAGACUCUACGAGAUGUUCGGGUCUGGAACCGCCUGCGUCGUGUCUCCAGUCGGAAAGAUUCUGUACCACAACAAGGUGACCGAUGAGUACGAAGAGCUUCACAUUCCAACCAUGUCCAGCAAACACGGUGUCAUGCAAAAGUUCUACAACACAAUCAAUGACAUUCAGUACGGUCGACUCAUCAAGGAUGGAUGGAUGCGUGACAUUUAA